AUGGCUUCCCAGACUUUCAAGUUGAACUCGGGAUACGAGAUCCCCGCCGUCGCCCUCGGCACCUGGCAGUCCGCCCCCGGCGAAGUCACAAAGGCCGUCUCCUACUCCCUCUCAGUAGGCUACAAGGCCAUCGACGGCGCCUACUGCUACGCCAACGAAGAUGAAGUCGGCGCCGGCCUCAAGGAGGCCUUUGCCAACGGCGUCAAGCGCGAGGACAUCUUUGUCGUCACCAAGCUGUGGGCCACCUACACCAUUGGCGACGACAAGGUCAAGGAGGGCCUGGAGAAGAGCUUGAAGAGCCUGGGUCUCGACUACGUCGACCUCUUCCUCGUCCACUGGCCCGUCGCCAUGAACCCUAACGGCAACCACGACAGAUUCCCCACCAAGCCCGACGGCUCCCGCGACAUCAUCCACAGCCACUCCCACGUCGACACCUGGAAAUCCGUCGAGAAGCUCCUCGACACGGGCAAAGUCCGCUCCAUCGGCGUCUGCAACUACAGCGUCAAAUACCUCGACGAGCUCCUCCCGCAAGCCAAGGUCGUCCCCGCCGUCAACCAGAUCGAGAACCACCCCUCCCUGCCCCAGCAGGAGAUCGUCGACUACUGCCAGGCCAAGGGCAUCCACAUCAUGGCCUACAGCCCCCUCGGCUCCACGGGCGGUCCGCUGUUGACGGCGGCGCCCGUCGUCAAGAUUGCCGAGAAGCGCGGCGUCAGCGCCGGUACCGUCUUGUUGAGCUACCACGUUGCGCGCGGCAGCACCGUGAUUGCCAAGUCUGUGACGGAGAGCCGUAUCAAGUCCAACUUGGAGAUUGUCAAGCUUGACGAGGAGGAUUUGAAGGAGCUGAGGGCGUAUUCUGAUGAUUUGACGGCCAAGAAGGAGUUGAAGCGGUACGUGUACCCGCCGUUUGGUAUCGACUUUGGGUUCCCCGAUAAGUCGUAG